CCUGAGGCUGCCUGAAUCUUGAGUGUACUGACUCACGGAGUGCAGCCGCUCGCUCAGCACCAGUUCCCCGCGUCACCUCUGCACGGGCAGCACAUCAGCUCACCACCAGUCCACCACCGCCAACAGUCAUGGCCAGCACCAGGUUCGCCGAGGUUCAGAUGGCGCCUCCCAUCGAGGUGUUCGCCGUGAGCAAAGCCUUCACGGACUCCACUCACGAGAAGAAAGUCAAUCUCAGUGUGGGAGCUUACCGCACUGAUGACAGCAAGCCAUGGGUGCUGCCGGUGGUGAGGAAGGUGGAGAAGAUGCUGGCAGAGGAUGACUCUCUCAAUCACGAGUACUUCCCCAUCCUUGGCCUGGAGGCGUUCAGCACUGCCGCCUCCAAGAUCCUGCUUGGGGACUCUCACCCAGCGUUCGGCGAGGGCAGGGUGACCUCAGUGCAGACACUCUCCGGCACAGGCGGUCUGCGUGUAGCAGCGGACUUCCUUCAUGGAGUCCUCAAGUAUACCUCUGUGUACUACUCCAGCCCAACCUGGGGUAACCACCGCCUGAUCUUCCAGCUUGCUGGCUUCACCAACCUGUGUACUUACCGCUACUGGGAUGCUGAGAAGCGUGGCCUCAACAUUGAUGGAAUGCUGGAGGACCUGUCCAAGGCUCCUGAAAACUCUGUGGUCAUCCUGCAUGCAUGUGCUCACAAUCCCACUGGUGUUGACCCCACACAGGACCAAUGGAAGAAGAUUGCUGACUUGAUUGAGAGCAGGAAGCUGUUCCCUCUGUUUGACUCGGCCUACCAAGGCUUUGCCUCUGGGGACCUGGACCAUGAUGCCUGGGCUGUGCGCUACUUUGCGGACCGUGGCUUUGAGAUGAUGGGCACUCAGUCCUUCUCAAAGAACUUUGGCCUUUACAACGAGCGCAUUGGUAACCUGGUGCUGCUGCUAAAGGAUCCAGCCUGCAUCCCUGCCGUGCGGUCCCAGCUGACCCUGCUGGUGCGAGGCUGCUACUCUAACCCUCCCUGCCACGGUGCACGCAUCGUCACUAAGGUGCUCACUGACCCAGCGCUCUUCGAGGAGUGGAAGGAAUGCAUCCGGACAAUGAGUGGACGCAUCAAGGAGAUGAGGAAAGGCCUGAGGGAACGCCUAGAGAAGCUGGGCACUCCUGGCACCUGGGACCACAUCACUGCCCAGAUUGGCAUGUUCUCCUUCACUGGCAUGACAGCUGCACAAGCCAAGCACCUUGCCGACAAGUACCACAUCUUCCUCCUGUCCAGUGGAAGGAUAAACAUGUGUGGCAUCACUACUGGCAAUAUUGACUACGUUGCCGAGGCGAUCCAUGACGCCGUCUCCAACGUCACCCAGGCCUAGAGGUCCUGAGCACAGAACACAGGAUGGUAGUUCAGCAUCACAUGCUGUAGUGUCGUAAUUCCACAGAGGGAGAUAGAGAAAGAGUGCACAUGUGUAGGGCAGUCUGUCACAGCAUUAAUUGUUAUUAGUUAUAGUUAUAAGUCACAAUGUUAUGGCACUUGUUAAAGCAUUUAAAUGAUCAUCUUUGUGAAAUUACUUUUUUUCUUGUAUUAUAUUUGCAUCUUAUGAGUCAGUACUCAUCUGUGAUAGUUAAAUUAAUAAGAGGUUGUCUAAAGUGUUGAGAUUAAAUUGUUAUUCAUGCAAGUGUUACCAAAGAGGUGAUCUGUAAGAGGAUGGGAGGGGAAGCACCAACACAGUGAGGGCGUGGCUCUGCUUGCCACACUGCACUGCUCAGCACAACGUGGAACAUACACACACACACACACACGCAGGGUCAUAUGCUGCAUAUUCUAGUAUAAAUGUUCACCAUCUAGAUAAAAGUAGAAAAGAAUUGUACCUUAAAUUUUUGCACCUCCAGUUUAAUGCUAAAGAAGAAUAUCAUACUUGCUUUUAUAUCCUUUGUAAGUUCAAACAGGCAUAAUUUGUGAUGCAGCUUCAGGUACAUGACAUAACAGAAGACAUUGGCAAAAAGACAAAUGCGUACUCCCAAGCAGGAAAAUUAUUGAAUAUAUUGAUAGUCAUUCCAGAAGUCACUCCAUCAGAGGAAGAUAAUGUGUCCUUGGAAUAUGUAAGACAGCAGCAUUUGAGGCAAGCAGUUGUUGGAUAGUGUGGCUGAGUAAAUGACAUAUUGGAGCCAGUGCCUGGUAUUCAUUGUGGAUGGUGCAGCUUUGUGGAGAAAUUCACAGGUGCUUAGAUGCAAUGAUUCAGGUAUUGUUUAACAGCUGGAGCAGGGAAUUGCAAAGAGCAACAACAUGUAUAUAUUAAGAUGUAUAUUUAUAUACACAAGCCUUCAGUUCAUCAAUAAAUAAUAAAGUAUUUAAAAAUA